AUGGAUCCUAUACCGUCAUCUGUGGUUGGAUCCGAAGAGGGAGCACUGGUCGAUAUCGCUCCCUCGACAGCUCCUACUACACCCGAAGGCAGUUUAACGUUCAGUCCAGUGCUGCGUGCAACGGCGGAUGGUCAUCUGGAUAUUGAUUCAGCAAGCCUUACAGCUCAAGCUAAAGGUUCAGAAUCUCUUGAAUCUAUUCUGCCCAAUCUGCGUCCUCGGCUGGUGCGCAAUAUCUGCUGUGUUGGUGCUGGAUAUGUUGGUGGUCCAACUGCGGCGGUUAUCGCUUACCAGAAUCCUCAUAUUCGAGUAACCAUUGUUGAUAGAGAUGAGAAAAGGAUCAAGAGAUGGAAUUCCAAGCAUUUACCAAUUUACGAGCCUGGUCUUGGCGACAUUGUUCGUGUUGCUAGGGAUGGAUCGCGUGAAUGCUUCUUCUAUAACGAGCCCGUGGUCUCAGGGUGCUCGGACGCAUUUUCCGAUACUGCAUCAUCAUCGUCAGAAUGUGGCAGCCAAUGCGAGGGAUACGCCAAUAGGUUAAAGAUCAUCCCAGAGAGACAACCCAACCUUUUCUUCUCCACUGAAGUCUCCAAAAGCAUUGGUGAAGCAGACAUUGUCCUCAUUGCUGUCAAUACGCCGACCAAAUCCAAAGGCAUGGGUGCUGGGAGCGCAACAGACAUGACGGCAUUCGAGGCCGUUGCUGGUAUUGUGGCCCAACACGCUCGACCGGAUGCUAUCAUCGUCGAGAAAUCGACUGUCCCAUGCAGAACAGCCCAAUUGGUCAGGGAGACAAUGUGUAUCCAUCGCCCAGGUGUGCAUUUCGAGAUCUUGUCUAAUCCCGAAUUUCUGGCCGCUGGUACAGCUAUGAGAGACCUCAUGCAUCCAGAUCGUGUACUGAUUGGUUGUUCGACGACACCAUCAGGUCAAAGAGCAGCAGAUGCACUUGCCAGCGUUUAUGCUGCAUGGGUGCCAGGGAAGCGCAUUAUCACUACAAACGUCUGGUCCUCAGAGCUCGCCAAACUUGUCGCCAACUCUAUGCUUGCGCAGCGAAUCAGCUCAAUUAACUCUAUCUCUGCCAUAUGCGAAAAGACUGGCGCUGAUGUGGAUGAGGUCGCUGCUUCAAUUGGCUGCGAUCCAAGAAUUGGCGACAAGUUUCUCAAGGCCGGGAUCGGUUUCGGCGGCAGUUGUUUCAAGAAAGAUAUUCUGAGUCUUGUAUACCUGGCCGAAUCCCUUGGGCUUGAUGAGGUUGGAGAGUACUGGCGCCAAGUCGUCAAGAUGAAUGAGUAUCAACGUGAUCGAUUCAGUAAGCGUGUCAUCAAGUGUCUCAAUAGCACCUUGACUGGAAAGAAGAUUACCAUACUGGGAUAUGCAUUCAAGGCGAACACCUCAGAUACGCGAGAGUCUCCAGCAUUGGAAAUCAUCAAGACUCUUUUGGAAGAAGGGCCGAAAGAGAUUGCCAUCUAUGACCCCUGUUGCAGCCCUACCGUCAUUCGAGAUGAGAUCAAGACACUCUUGAGAGGGAUUAAAGCUCUUGAAGAAGACGACGGCCCUAUUAGAGUAUACGCUAACGCAUACGAAGCAUGCGCCGUGUCCAACGCUCUCCUGGUUACAACCGAUUUUGACGAGUUCAAAACUACAGUACAAAAGUCAGCGUUUCCCAGUCACCCAAGAUCAAAGCCAAUAGAUCCGCGACCUUUCGAGCGAAUUGACCCGACAGAGACAGAUAUACUAUCAUUGCAGGAAUUCCUGCUCCGUUCCGGGUCAACUUCUCUGUGUGCCGACAGCGAUCCGCUUCAGAGAUAUCAGGAAGAACCUGCUUGUGCCCACGACUGCGCAGACUGUGGGCCAGGAAAGGGCGGCUAUUCAACAGCUAGCAGCUUGGACGAGUACAUGCCUAAGGAGAAGCUUGACUGGAGUAAGAUCGCAUACCACUUGCAGGGACCGAAAUGGGUAUUUGAUGGCAGGGGCGUUGUUGAUUCGAGUGCUUUGACUAAGCUCGGUAUUCGAGUCGAGAGCGUUGGACGUCAAGGCUUAACCUAA